AGCGCGCUAGGAGAGAAGCAACCACGCCCGCAACGCGAGCUGAGAGGCGCCGAAGACAAUGGCAGGCUCGGCGUUGGCGGUUCGGGCUCGGUUGGGUGUCUGGGGUAUGCGGGUCCUGCAAACACGAGGCUUCGUCUCGGAUUCGUCGGAUAGCAUGGAUACGGGCGCUGGCUCCAUCCGAGAAGCUGGUGGAGCCUUCGGAAAACGAGAAAAGGCUGAAGAGGAUCGGUACUUCCGAGAGAAGACUAAAGAACAGCUGGCUGCCCUGAAGAAGCACCAUGAAGAUGAGAUUGACCACCAUUCGAAGGAGAUAGAGCGUCUGCAGAAGCAAAUUGAACGCCAUAAGAAGAAGAUCCAACAUCUAAAGAGUAAUCAUUGAAUGCACGCAGUCGGUCCCUCACAGUGAGUGGCCGGUAUCAUUCCCCACUUCUGUAGACACGUGGUUUUGAAUGAUUAAUAUUUGGUCUGUGUGCUACUAACAGAUAAUAAACUAUCACCAGGAAACUUG